AUGGCCGACGUAGCGACGAAGCGGGGUGUAUUGAUCGAUUUUGACCUGGCCCGGAUUCAGCGCGAUGACCCCAGCGCGACUGGACGGGAGCGUACGGGCACCGUUCCAUUCAUGGCUGUUGACCUUUUGACGGAGGAGUAUUUUGCUGGUCAGAUUGCUCACCUCUACCGCCACGACCUUGAAUCAUGCAUAUGGGUUUUGACCUAUGCGUUAUUGUCGGAUGCGGUUCCCGAUGUCAAGGCUUGGCACACGAAGCAUUUCGAGGGGUGCAGAACAAAGAAGAUUGUCUUCUUAGCCGACUUGAAUGAAUACUCUGCGUUAUCUGCCAAAAAUUCUCUGUGGGAGACGAUCGGCAGCGACGCCCUCUAUUGGUUGAAGGAUUCAUUGCAGCGUGUGGAUAUCACCCAAAGUCAGCGGGUGCGUAACGCUCGACAUCCAAGAACUCGACACAACAUCUCAAGCGAGGAAGAGAGGUUUUCGGAGCAGUGGAUGAGCAGUACUCUGGAAGCAGCCUCCGCAAUCAUUCAAGACUUUGAAGAAUUUCUGGACUUGGAAUUGGCAGAUUUAGGGUUUGCUCCACUCACACAGGAUAAGCUGUUCGUUCCCUCCUGA